GCUGAUGAGGAGCAUGAAGAGCUUCAAAAGGCUCUCAGAAAGUUUGAAGAUGAUUUUGGCAGCCUAGGUGGUGGAGCUCUAGAUCGUGGUCCGAAAGCGUUUAUCCGAUCAGAAGUAGUAAAUAUCGCUACAGUUAAACGAGAGAUUAAGAGAUUAAUACCUUUGAAGGCACGUCGAAUGCUUGAGGAAGCUCACAAAGGUAAAGGCCCUCCUCCACAAGUGAUACCGUCCAGUGCAACUCGCCCAGUCCUUCGACCACCGAAACCUGGUGCCGGUAGGGCCGUUCAGAAGAGCAAGACGAGCAAUUUAGAGGCAUUCAAGGAAGAGCUGAAGAAGGUUCAACAAGAAAGGGAUCAAAGAAAGGGGCUAAGAGACCAUCUUAGGGCAGAACUCGGAGUUGAUGCAGAAGCACUCGACAAGUCAAUUCAUGGCUUUCUGAUACCAAUUUUUUUUAUCAAGGCGUUUUAUUUACGAAUAUGUUCAAUGACCAUGGAAGAUCUAUUCGAUACGUUUGGAUCAUUCGGACCACUCGCCUCUGCAAAAAUACUGUUUCCUCGAACAGAAGAAGAGAAAAGGAGGGAACAUCUCUGUGGUUUCUGUGCGUUCAUGUCACGUGAGGAUGUAGAUCGAGCUUUGGCUCAAAUGAUGGGUUUUUUUAUUCGGGGUGAGCCUAUUCGGAUGUCUUUUGCGAAACCAAUUGUGAUUCCGGCCCAGGUACCGCUAUUCUUCCACAUGUUACACUUUUUAUUUUGCUCUCUUAAACACGAGCUUUACGUACUUUCAACAUUAACGACAUGUGGCAAUAUUGUGCUGUGGUUCUUUAGCCACCUCCUGCUUGUCAUCCAGCAUGUUGUGGAGUUCACUGUACGUGAAGGCCCCUUAUUCGAAGCUAUGCUAAUGACUCGUGAGCGGACUAAUCCUCUAUUUCGGUUUCUAUUCGAACUGAAUCAUCCUACUCACGUUUACUACCGUUGGCGAUUGUACUCGAUCUCUCAAGGCGAUACUUUUCUAGAAUGGCAUCGAGAGAAAUUCAGGAUGUUCGAAGGUGGUUCGUGGUGGCAGCCGCCGAUUCCACAAGCCGAACUGUUUAGUAGCAUGCCUCGUUCGCUUUACAGUUUUGCUUGCACUAUGACUGAGCCUAGUCGCUGGCUACCUAAACUGGAUACUCGAACCUCGUCGAAAUCACAAGACACAAGGGAACGACAAGAUAGAUCUCGGUCAAGUCCAAGACGUGAACAGUUGAAAAAACCGAAGGCUCGAUUACGAAAAAGCCAGCGAAAGAAACUGGAGCAGCUUCUUAGAGAGCUUACUCCAGAAAGUGAUAGCAUUGGAGACGCCAUGGUUUGGUGUGCCGAUCAUGCCACUUGUGCUCGAGAAAUAUGUGAUUGCAUAUAUGAAUCACUGACGAUUGACGAGACUCCUCUGCAUAAGAAAAUUCAAACGCGGCUUCUCGAGGAGUGCGAGACGUGGAAUUUAUUUGAUUUUAAGUCACAAAUUAUUGUGAUUUUCUCUGCUUUGGGACGCACGUUGAGGAAUAUCACUGCUCGUCUUAAAGCAGAACAGUUUAAACAGCGCGUCAUGUCUUACGAAUUUCGCUUUUUUUCAAAGCCUGAAAAGGUCAAAUUCAUUACAAUCUAG